AUGACCAUUUUUGGGCGAGGAUCAACGGCGAAGAAAAAAAAUGUUGAAGUUUCAGAUGUAAGUAAACCAACUGCUUUAGUAGAUGCUGUUACGGCACCACCACGCGGUUUUGGAAUUCGCUCAUACCUUCAUCAGUUUUAUCAAUCGCCAACCGUUGAAGAUAUCGAAAAUGCUGGUGCUUGGUAUCUUUUACCACCACCUCCGGCACAACGCACUGGGCUUUACAUCUGCCGUAUACUUACCGUUUUCGGUCUACUAUUAUUAAUCGGUGGAGCAGCUGCUAUUGUAGUUGGCUAUACUUGGCCGCAUGAAGCAAUUGAAGAUUCUAUCGUUAAAAUAGCUAUUUAUCAGGAUGAAGAUGGAAACUUUUAUGUUCCACCUGAGAAACUGGCUGAGAUUCUAAAGGAUCCCAUGCGACGCUGGAAAAUGAUCGGUCUAUGUGUGUUUGCUGGUGGAGCGGUUAUACUUGCAUUAAGUUUACUAGUUCCAACAUGCGCGCAGUGCUUUAAUAGUAAACGACUGGCGGCUUUUGUUAGCGAAGAUGGUACACCAAAUGAACCUCCAAUUCGAAUCUAUCCCGCCGGUUCAACUAAAGCUGAAACAAAUCACGGCGAAAAACAUGGAACGAAAAUCAGUCCUACUAGUGGACCUGUACCAGUUAUGGAAGAAAUAGCAAAAGUACAACCAAAUAUGAUGAAAAAUUUGGAAAAAUCAAUUGCUAGCGCCGACGAUUUGCUUCUUGCUGAUACUGAUGCACGUUGA